AUGUCCCGGCGGGGGUGGGAGGGCAGGCGGGAUCACGGAAGGUGUGUUUUCGCCUCAGGACUCACCCCCACCCCGUCCCCCCAACAAGAAGGGUUCUUGCCUUCGUGUCCUGUCCUUUCUGAAAGCCAGGACUACUCUGCUUCCUCAGGGAGCGGGGGUCCUGCGGGUGGCCCCGUGGAUCGCAGGCUGUCUGUGCCCAGGCAGCCAGCUGGGGGGCCAGGGGCCAGGGGCCAGCCUUCUGUCAGGGACAUCCUGAGCGGAACACAGAGGUCAGUUAACCUUGCUCUGGCCCACCCCCCCCCCCCACCAGCCGAGAGGGCCCCAGCGCCGCCCACUCUGGAUCCCAAUGAACUGCGGCCGGCGGCAGUGGAGGUUUUAUAG